AAUUAUAUUUGACGUUCGCAGUACUUCAAUUUUGUAUUAAUUUUAGUAUUACAAACUGUUUAAUAUGUGAAAUUAUAUGAACCAUGUCACAAAGUCAAUUUAAGUUUGAACGUAAAUCUGGUGGUGUGUCAAGAAAAUUAAAACAAGCAGGAAACGUAUCUAAAAUCCGAGAAUUUGAAUUGGAAAAGAUAGAUUUGGUGGAGACGUUUGAUAUUGUGCAAAUAGUCGGUGAAGGAUGGUUCGGGAAAAUAUUACUGGUCGAACACCGGGGCACGGAUAACGAGAUGGUGCUCAAAUCGUUGCCUAAAAAUUACACAGCCGUUAAGGAUUUUUAUCGAGAAUUCCAUUUCAGUUAUCACUUGAGCGCACACCGUAACAUCGUAUCCACGUUUGACGUGGCUUUCCAGACGGCCAGUUUUUACGUGUUCGCUCAAGAGUACGCGCCGUUGGGCGACCUCACAUCCAACAUAUCUGACACCGGGAUUGGAGAGUUGCACAGUAAAAGCGUCGCAAAGCAGGUAGUUAUUGUCAAUUGCAUCGAUCUUUCAGAUGAUAUAGAUGAGCUGAGUCCAUCUUUAUACAGCUAUCAAACAGACCAGGAAGAGAAUAAGAAAUUUCUGUUGGCAUUCUCCAAUUGUGGAAUUGAAACUGCUGUUGUUGAUAGAGCUGCAAAAAAGGAACGUAUCAAACAGUGGAUCCAAUCUAGUGUCAUCGAAGAAGAAGACGAAGAGGAUUCUAGUGAAGGAACCACUAAAUUAAGUUUAUCACGUAAGGGUAGCAACGACACUGAAGAAAACGAAUUAUACGCAUUGACCAAACGUGAAGGUUAAAUUUUUAUUGCAGGGGUUCCUAUUCAAAGGUUAAAUAUAUAUAUGAGACUGUAAAAAAUGUUG